AUGCUGGAAUUUGUAAAAGCCAAUUUUCGAAACAAUUUAGUCGUCACUCAGCUGGAAGUAACAAUCAUUGAACGAAAUGAACUGGCUUCUGGACCGGCGGACAAACAGUCCAAUUUAAUGGAGCGCCCAUUCCAAACCAUUUGUUGGACACAGAUCUUUUACCUCAAGCUUCUUUCCCUCUACAAACUUCGGAUGAGACAUCAUCGCGAACUAGCAAUCGAAGUUUGCUACUACCAAGCACUUGUUUCAUAUCCUAUACUGAAAUCUUUCAAGAAAGGUGAAGCAAGCGCUACAUUGGUGACCGAGCAACCGGCCCCUUGUUAA